CUUGAGCAAAGCGGAAUUAGAGAAGAAAAGCACAUAAAUAUCAACGAUUGCCGCUGCUUGCUCAUUAUUUGGCGUUUUCCCUUUCAGGUUUCCAACAAAUCAACAAAACCAAUUAAUAUGUCGCUGCAAUCGGACGCCGUUUUCCAGAAAAUUAUCGAAGGCUUGAAGGAUAAUGCCGCCAAGGCCAAGGCCAUUAACGGCGUGUUCCUCUAUAAAAUCACCAAGGAUGGCAAAGUAGCCAAGGAAUGGACCCUCGACUGCAAGAGCGCCAAGGCGUAUGAGGGACCCGCCCAGGGCGUCAAGGUGGACACCACACUAACGGUUGCCGACGAGGACAUGGUCGACAUUGCCUUGGGCAAGCUGAAUCCCCAGGCUGCCUUCAUGAAGGGCAAAUUGAAGAUUGCCGGCAACAUCAUGCUGACGCAGAAGCUGGCGCCUCUGCUCAAGACGGACGCCAAAUUGUAAACAGACAUUUUGGUGAUUUCACAAUCUAACGCACACCAACGUACAUAUAUCCCACAUAUGUAUGCCCAGUUUGUAUCGCAUUUGUUUUUUUUUUGUUUGCAUCGUAAUUGCGAUAUUUUCGCCGUGUUUGCACAAUGUGUAUCUGUGUGUUUUUUUUUGUAUGUUAAUACUAUGUGUAAUUAGAAAAUAAUACAUAAGCCUAGAAGGAA